AUGAACCAACUCCGUCUGCGCGUCGAGGGACAAACAUUCCGAGAUUCCCUGAAUCGACAAAUCAUCUUGCGGGGAAUAAAUCUGGCAGGUGACGCUAAAUAUCCGAAAACCCCCGACCUCAGGUCCCAUAACGCUCAGGAGUUCUUUGACGCGGAUGUAUCGUUUGUGGGAAAGCCGUUCGCCCUAGAAGAUGCCGAUAUACAUUUCCAACGUCUCAGGAAAUGGGGAUACAACGCCAUUCGAUAUAUUUUCACUUGGGAGGCAAUCGAACAUGCUGGUCCUAGGAUCUACGAUGAGGAAUGGAUCGAUUUCACCAUUGAAAUUCUUCGCGUCGCCAAGAAAUACAAGUUCUACAUUUUUAUGGAUCCACAUCAAGAUGAUUUCAAAAACACACAGGCUGCCCUCGUCCACAACACAUGGGACAAUCCCGCCGAGUUCCCUAAGAUGCUUUGGUGUACCAACUACACUAGGUUAGCCUGCCAGACGAUGUUUACUCUUUUUUGGGCAGGUCGAGAUUUCGCACCGAAGGCGAUUAUUGAUGGUGUCAAUAUUCAGGAUUAUUUACAAACGCACUUCAUUGCGGCAUGUGAAUACCUUGCACAGAGAAUCCAAAACGCCGGCGACCUUGAAGGAGACGUGGUUAUUGGGUGGGAAAGUAUGAACGAACCGCAUAAAGGACUGAUCGGCAAUCAAGAUAUUUCCGUAAUACCAUCAGAGCAGCAUCUCCAGCUCGGGACAUCUCCAACGGCGUUUCAGGCUAUGAUGAUUGGCUCAGGGCGGUCCUGCGAGGUAAAAUCCUGGUCUUUUGGAAAAUUUGGCCCAUACCAAACCGGCACGGAGGUUAUAGACCCAAAGGAUGAACAGGCAUGGUUGUCCACUGAAUACGACGACCGUCAAUAUGGCUGGCACCGCGAUCCGGGCUGGAGGCUUGGUGAAUGCAUCUGGGCACAACAUGGAGUUUGGGAUCCUUCUAAACGCAAACCCACCCUACUACAAAAGGACUACUUUUCAACCAACCCAUUGACUGGCGAGAUCCUUGACUACGAAUGCUUUACAAACUCCUACUUUCUGAACCACUACCGAGCGUACAAGGACGCUAUUCGCAGCCUGUGUGGGAGUACUAUCAUGUUUUGCCAGCCACCUGUCAUGGAGCUACCACCAAGCCUGAAGGGUACCGCCGAUGAUGAUCCGAACAUGGUUCAUGCGGCUCACUUUUGUGAUGGUCUGACUCUUUUAUCGAAGCACUGGAAUCGGCUCUACAACUUGGAUAUUAUCGGGUUGCUUCGGGGCAAGUAUCUUGCACCGGCGUUCGCAAUCAAAAUCGGCGAGAAAUCAAUUCGAAACAGCCUACGUCACCAACUUAAGUUUCUGCGCGAUGAAAGUCUAGAAUACAUGGGUGAUCAUCCCCUAAUCUUCACUGAGAUUGGCAUUCCGUAUGACAUGGAUGAUAAACAUGCAUAUAAGACUGGUGACUACAGUAGUCAGAUAAGAGCAAUGGAUGCCAACCAUUUUGCAUUGGAAGGCAGCAAUGCCAACGGGUUUGCUUUGUGGGUUUAUGUGGCAGAGAAUAACCAUGAAUGGGGCGAUCAGUGGAAUGGGGAGGACCUUUCCAUAUACGCACAGAAUGAUUUGGAACUUCCUAUCACCUCUUCCGGUUCAACAAGGUCCGAUUCCACAGGGUGCUCUAAAGAUCAUCUUAUCAAUGCCGAAGAGAAUAAAGCUGGCUUGCUCGAGGUUUUGAUAUCUCUAUGCACCUGGCGUGAUUCCUCCCAGGCUAAGUUGCAACCGCAACGAUACCCCAGGGCAUUGGAAGCAUGUCUCCGUCCUACUCCAAUCUACACGAAUGGGCGAUUAGAAAGUUAUGCUUUCGACUUGAAGGAGUGUACCUUCGCCAUGAGAUUGGUUGCAAACCAGGCCACGGCUCACACCCCGAGUGAAAUAUACCUCCCUGAGUUUCACUUCCCCAUGGGAGAUACCUCGGUUACUGUGAGUGGAGGGGAAUGGGAAAUCUGCCUUCAGGAAUUCCAUACGGUCAAGCUUCAAUAUCUGCGAUGGUGGCAUGGCGAAGGGACAGUUGAAAUCAAGGUCCGGAAAAUAAAACCGAAACGCACGCGACAGGAAUAUGUCGCUCUGCAAAAACUUCAUUUGAGUCGAUGCAUGAUGAUGUGA